GAUUUAAUCAGUCGACUGCGCUCUCCCGAUCCACCAAGACGCGAAGAAGACGACCUCUUAGCAUUGUGUCCACCGCUUACUGCGCUACAGACCAGGACGUCUUCAGAGGACAGAAGGACUGCGAGGAUGAUGUGACCCAAAAUGAAGACCUGCUAAACAAACUACAAGGUUUGUCUGCUGGUGAAUGUGUGCGGGUGUUGCGUGAAAUGCCCCUUAGUGUCUCGGAGAAGCGCCAGAUCAGAGCUUGGGUUGUCCGUUGGGAUGCUGGACAACCUCUCUCUGCUAACAGGGCCCUGCGCUACCAUCAGUUUAAAGCUUGGUUCUUGAAGGUUUUGUGUGGUGGCUGCUACUGUAGAGUCUUCCAGCAGAAAUCCAUACAGCUCUGGCAGGGAGUGCUUAAAAACAUCAGUGCUCACUUCGGCACUGGGAUUCUGUCCUAUUUCAUCUUCCUCAGAAGACUGUUACAUUACAACAUCAUCCUCUUCCUCAUCACCGGCCUUUUCCUGGUCCUGCCACAAAUCUCGAAUCCUCCAUCAUCAAAAAACAAACCCGUAGCCACAGCUGACCUCUGGAUGCUUACUGGCAUGGGCAUUCUCACAGACUCUGUGAUGUUUUAUGGCCACUAUGCCAACUCCACCAAUGAAAACUGCAAAGCAGAAAUAAAACUGUGUCCAGAAAAUUACAACAUGCCACUGGCGUAUAUUUUUACUAUUGGAGCAGGCAUGUUUAUUACAUGUGUACUUCUUGUUUACAGUAUAUCUAAAUCAUCCGGAAAGAGUUUCUGCAUAUUCAAGACUACCAGUAACCUAGCUUUAAAGGUUUUCUGCUCUUGGGAUUUUAAAGUUAGCAAGAAACGGUCUGUUAAGCUGCAGUCGGUGAACAUCUGCAUUCAGCUGAAG